AUGGUUACUCCUGUCGUAAAGCACAACAUUGUGAAGAAGCGUACUGCUCACUUCAAGCGCCACCAAUCUGACCGCUUUAUGCGUGUUGGUGAAUCUUGGAGAAAGCCCAAGGGUAUUGAUAACGCCAUGCGUAGACGUUUCAAGGGUACAGCUCCUAUGCCCAAGAUCGGUUAUGGUUCUGCCAAGAAGACCCGUCACCUCUUGCCUAACGGUUUCCGCAAGUUCACCGUUUCUAACGUCCGUGAACUCAACCUUUUGUUGAUGCACAACCGCACUUAUGCUGCCGAAAUUGCUCACAACGUCUCUUCCAAGAAGCGUGUUGCCAUUCUCGAACGUGCUGCUCAACUUAACGUCAAGGUUAUCAACGCUGGUGCUCGUCUUAGAUCCCAGGAGUAA